GUACCUCGAGAGGGCUGAGUAUCCUCCAUCCUGUGGUCCACUCCCUGUGUUGGCUAUUCUCCCGGCAGACAAACACAUUACUGAAAAAUGGCACCCAAAAAGGACGCUAAGAAGCCCGAGCCUGCCAAGAAGGCAGAACCCGCACCUGCUCCCGCACCCGAACCAGCAGCCGUACCCGUAGCAGCCGCAGUAGAUCUGUCUGGUGUGAAGGUUGAAUUCAGCCCGGACCAGACGGAAGACUACAGAGAGGCCUUCGGACUUUUUGACAGAGUUGGUGACACCAAAGUAGCCUUCAAUCAGAUUGCAGACAUCAUGCGUGCAUUGGGACAGAACCCAACCAACAAAGAUGUCACAAAGAUCCUUGGCAACCCCAGCGCUGAUGAUAUGUUAAACAAGAGAGUCGACUUUGAGGGUUUCCUGCCCAUGCUGCAGUAUGUGGUCAACAGUCCAAACAAGGCCACAUUUGAGGACUAUGUUGAGGGUCUGCGCGUCUUCGACAAGGAGGGCAAUGGAACAGUUAUGGGCGCUGAGCUGCGUAUUGUUUUGUCAACAUUGGGUGAGAAAAUGACUGAGGUUGAGAUCGAUGCUCUCAUGGGAGGCCAAGAGGAUGAAAACGGCUGUGUGAAUUAUGAGGCUUUCGUCAAACACGUCAUGUCUGUGUAAGAAGUCGGAGUUGGGAGGAAACGGAAGCAUUUCUCCAGAUCCCAUGGUGUCAGGACAUCCACACAAUGUUUCCAAAACCAGCUCAGAAACGGAUUAAAGGAAUAUGGACUGUUAGUUAUAAACAAUGGUUUUGGUAUGCGUUAUUCCUAUAUUUCCGCUUGACUCCUGUUUCUUUUGUCCAUUUUUGGACGCCAUUCAUAUUUUUCCAGCAACCGUUUUUGGUGCCGGGACAAGCCGCUCCAUAGCGAAACGGUUGUGAGGGGUGGUGGGGUGUGAGGGGGUCAUGAUAGCCACACACAAAAAAAUCUGACAAUCACCCCCUUGACCCCUCACUGCCUGAAUCGCAAACUCAAAGGUGCUAAAAUAUACUGCCAUAACUGGACUGGCUGCAAAUCCCCCUUCCACUUUCCCCAGAGUUUUAAUUUAUUUUUCGCCUCUGUCAAUUAUCAUAAUAAACUUUUCACAAAGUACAA